AUGAGAGAUGAGCGAAAUCCUCCCUUUCCCCUCUUUAUGAUUUCCAGUCACAAAAAAGCAACAAACCCAUACUCCAUUUCUCCCCCUAUAAAAGACCUCACUCCCCUCUCCCUCUCUUCACUCCCAAUUAAGUCAGCGCCUCCAUUUCUCUCUCUACAGCCAUGGAUGAUGAUAACUGGGAUCUCAACGCCGUCGUCAGAAGCUGCUGCUCCUCCUCCUUCACCCCCACCCCCGCCGCCCUCGCGGUGGCGCAAAUCCCCACCCCAACUGAGAAAGAUUGCACCUUUUUUGAACCAAGACAAAUCAGCUUCGAGGAAGAUUUGCAUGAGCUAUGGAAACCCUUCUUCUCCAAGCAACAAAUCAGCCUCCCCAUUUCCCCCCUCUCCGUUUUGCAAGAUCCAUCGCCGGCCGAUCAAGAAAUCAAGCAAUUUUCCCCCCAAAAUCACCAGCCUUUUGCCAUCGUCAACGCCCCAAAACCCUCCCCACUAAAGACCAAAAAAAGGUCUGUGAAAAUGAAAUUUCCACUUACAGAUCCAUUUUCCAAUUUUAUGAUUUUUUUUUUCAGGAAGCAUUACUCCAAGAACGUGUGCCAUGUCCCCGCAGACGGCAUCUCUUCCGACAAGUGGUCGUGGCGGAAAUACGGCCAGAAGCCCAUCAAGGGCUCCCCGUAUCCACGGGGUUACUACAGAUGCAGUACGCUGAAGGGGUGCAAUGCGAGGAAGCAAGUGGAGCGGAACAAAGCCGACCCGAGUAUGUUCAUCCUCACCUUCACCGGCGACCACAACCAUGCCCCUCCGACCCACCGGAACUCGCUGGCCGGAACCACCCGCGCACCUAGGAAGACGGCGGAGGAGGAAUCUCAUGCCGAGAUGGAGGUGGAGGAAGAUGAUUUGUUCGCCGGAUUGGAGGAUUUCUCCGACGUGGCGGCGGCAAUGGCGGACGAGGAAUGAAUGAAAUGAUGCUUUUCUUCACCAUCACUUUUAUCCGUUGAGAAUCUACUAAAUCACAGACUCCUUUUCUUUCUUUCUUUCUUUUUUUCGUUAAAAGAAUUAAAUUAGAUUUAAAUUUGGGCAUGAUAAAGAGGGUUUCUAGAGGAAAAGGAGAGUAGAUUCGAUUUCUUUUUUAGAUUCAUAGUUGAUGUUUAUUAUAGAAAAAUGGUCAUCAAUUAUGAAUCUUUAUCCGUAUUAUUUGCUUGUUGAAAUAUCGAAAAUCGGAUUUAAUAGCCUUUUGUGUGCUUCAUUUGUAUGAAUUUGAACCAUAUAUUUAUACAUUGGAUGAUCCACUAUA